AUGGCAGCCCUGCAGGAGAAGAAGUCAUGCAGCCAGCGCAUGGCCGAAUUCCGGCACUACUGUUGGAACUCGGACACUGGGCAGAUGCUGGGCCGCACCCCAGCCCGGUGGGUGUGGAUCAGCCUGUACUACGUAGCUUUCUACGUGGUCAUGACUGGCCUCUUCGCCCUGUGCAUCUUCGUGCUGAUGCAGACCAUCGACCCCUACACCCCAGACUACCAGGACCAGCUAAAGUCCCCGGGGGUAACCUUGAGACCUGAUGUGUACGGGGAAAGAGGGCUGCAGAUUUCCUACAACGUCUCUGAGAACGGCUCCUGGGCUGGCCUCACACACACCCUCCACAGCUUCUUAGCGGGCUACACUCCGGCCUCCCAGCAGGACAGCAUCAACUGCACGUCGGAAAGGUACUUCUUCCAGGAGAGCUUUGCGGCUCCAAACCACACCAAGUUCUCCUGCAAGUUCACUGCAGACAUGCUGCAGAACUGCUCAGGCCUGGUGGACCCCAGCUUCGGCUUCCAGGAGGGAAAGCCCUGCUUCAUUAUUAAAAUGAACAGGAUUGUCAAGUUCCUCCCCAGUAACAACACAGCCCCCCGAGUGGACUGCACCUUCCAGCCCCGGAAGGACACUGAGCCCCUGCAGGUGGAGUACUAUCCUCCCAAUGGCACCUUCAGUCUCCACUACUUCCCCUACUAUGGCAAGAAAGCACAGCCCCAUUACAGCAACCCGCUGGUGGCAGCAAAACUUCUCAACGUCCCCAAGAACACAGAAGUCCUCAUCGUGUGCAAGAUCCUGGCCGACCAUGUGACCUUCGACAAUCCCCACGACCCGUAUGAAGGGAAAGUGACCUUCAAACUUACAAUACAGAAGUAAGAACUGGGGUGCUCGCCCACACCUACAGCUGCCCAACAGGCUGCUCCCUCCUGACUGUACAUCCUCUGCUGGCCAGCGUGCACAACUGCUUCAAACAUGGUUCGGAGCGGAUGCCACCGCCCAUCUGUUGACACCAGGGAGUGCUCCCGUCCAGCACUCCUGAGCACCACCAGCUCUCCACUAAAUCCGUAUGUAUUUGCAAUCCAACUGCAGCUGCGAGGUUCACACAGGAAACCAGAGUCCCGCUAUCCACUAAGGAGACACCCCAGACUGACCCAUCUGUCGGCAUUACUGUCCUGUGCUUCAGUAUGAACUAUGGGUCCAUAUCAGUGUAACGCUGGCCACCCCAGCAUGACACACCCCAGUUUGUGCUUCUGAGGCCACAACCCCUAUGCCAUGAAAACAAACAAUAUUAAAGUUAUUCUUUUUCUGUGU